UCCACAACAUUCACUUAUUCAUUCUGGUGGUCAAAGAAGAUCUUCUGAAGAUGACCUUGGAUGUACAAAUGAAGGCGUGUCAGAAAGACCCAACGUAGAAGAGGGUGUGUUCUUUGCAAACGAGGAUCCCCUUCACCUUGGGCCACACAAUAUGUUGGUGUUAGUGCAAUCGUGCAUGGACAACAAUGCGGAUGUAGCACCACAAGCCUCAGAAGAAAUACGACCACGAAGAGUAAAAAUUAAAGUAUGUCGUCAUAGGCAACGAGCAGCUGCAUGCAAGUCACCUUUUGUACAAUUAUGUGUAUCAAAAUACAAAAGGUUGACAGAGGAAGAGACACAUGUUGCCGACUAUGUGUUUGACGAGUCAAAAGAUCCUAGUGAGAUGCUUUGUGCAUAUGGUGGCUAUGGCGUGACAUGGGAACAACUUCAAUGCUUAGUAGGGGAGAGCUUCAUUGAUAUUCCGGUGAUUUCCAUGUUCUGCCGAUACAUGAAUGCAAAAGAAGAGAAUCCUUCUCGCAGACACUUUUUUAAUCCAUACUUUGGGAUGAGGAAAUAUGUGGUUCAAUGA